AUUGAUACACAACUUCCGCUCCCUUGGGGUUUCGUUGCUCUCUCUCUCUCACACACACACCCACGACGACGACGACGACUGUACGAACAAUUUGCGAUUGAUCUAGCGAGCUAGGGGAUUCAUUUUGGUUGGUGAAUUGGAAAGAUGUUUGGGAGGGCGCCGAAGAAGAGUGACAAUACGAAGUAUUAUGAGAUAUUGGGGGUGUCGAAGAACGCAACGCCGGAGGAUCUGAAGAAGGCUUACCGUAAGGCGGCCAUCAAGAAUCAUCCUGAUAAGGGUGGUGAUCCGGAGAAGUUUAAGGAGCUUGCUCAAGCUUAUGAGGUUCUGAGUGAUCCUGAGAAGCGGGAGAUCUAUGAUCAGUAUGGUGAGGAUGCACUCAAGGAAGGAAUGGGUGGUGGUGGUGGCAUGCACGACCCAUUUGACAUAUUCCAAUCCUUCUUUGGUGGAAGCCCAUUUGGAGGUGGUGGUAGCAGUAGGGGACGAAGGCAGAGAAGGGGAGAGGAUGUGGUCCAUCCUUUGAAAGUCUCUCUGGAGGAUUUGUACAUUGGGACAUCGAAGAAGCUUUCUUUAUCCCGCAACGUUAUUUGCUCCAAGUGUGAUGGGAAAGGAUCAAAAUCUGGUGCUUCAAUGAAGUGCUCUGGUUGUCAAGGAACUGGUAUGAAGGUUUCAAUUAGACAACUUGGCCCCUCCAUGAUCCAGCAAAUGCAGCAACCUUGCAAUGAAUGCAAGGGUACUGGCGAGACCAUCAGUGAUAAAGACCGCUGCCCUCAGUGUAAAGGUGAAAAGGUUGUUCCGGAGAAGAAGGUAUUGGAAGUUCACGUGGAGAAAGGCAUGCAGAAUGGACAGAAGAUUACUUUCCCUGGAGAGGCAGACGAAGCGCCUGAUACAGUUACAGGUGAUAUAGUAUUUGUCCUCCAGCAGAAAGAGCAUCUGAAGUUUAAGAGAAAAGGUGAUGACCUCUUUGUAGAGCACACCUUAUGUCUUACUGAGGCUCUGUGUGGCUUCCAGUUCAUCUUGACUCACUUGGACGGCAGGCAGCUUCUUAUCAAGUCAAACCCAGGAGAAGUUGUCAAGCCUGAUUCAUUUAAGGCAAUCAAUGAUGAGGGCAUGCCCAUGUACCAGAGGCCAUUCAUGAAGGGAAAGCUGUAUCUUCAUUUCACUGUGGACUUCCCCGACAAUCUGAGCCCAGAACAGGUCAAGGUGCUCGAGGCUGUCCUACAACCAAAGCCGGUGUCACAGCUGACGGAUAUCGAGCUAGACGAGUGUGAGGAGACCACAUUGCAUGAUGUCAACAUUGAGGAGGAGAUGCGUAGGAAGCAAGCCCAGGCGCAGGAGGCAUACAGUGAAGAUGAAGACAUGCCUGGUGGAGCUCAAAGGGUACAAUGCGCUCAGCAGUGAGGGCGGCAUUUUUUGGUGGAAAAAUGUUUAUUUUGAUAUCACUAGUGCUCCACAAAGGGCAGGACUUGAUCAAGUAUCUUAAUAGUAGUAUCUGUUGUAUGUGUUGCAUCUAAGCAAACAUUAUAUCAUCACAUAAGCUUUGUAAUUGAAGACUUCUAAUUGAUCUUAUUUUUAUAAAUUUUAAGUCUUUAGCCUGGUUACGAUUAUGAACAUUGCUUCAUUAGUGUAUUGUGCUGUCUUCUCUUCCAUAUGCAUGUUAUGGUUGAACUCUGCAAUGUUUGAUGCUGUGGAAGAAGGUGGCAUCGGUGCUCGAGGUAAUUCCAGUUGAAG